AUGGACCCGGAUAUGCGCCAGACAGGACUUGCAAAAGCAACAGAAUCUCAGGGCUGGCGUUGUUCGACUGACCUCGAGUCUCUCUUCCACCCUUGCUUGCGUCCGACGCGACACCUGAUCACUCGGGUGACAGUCGGCCUGUUGGUUGCUGCUUCAUCUCUUCUCUCUUGUCCCUCCUCUUCUCUUUCACUCUUGCUUGAUCCCUCUCCUACACUCUCCUCGAACUGGAGCUUCUAA